AUGAAUAGAUAUAUAUAUUUUGUAUCGAUUGUAUUGAUGUGGAUAGAGUUGACUAGGUUGCCAGUAAUAGAGGCAGCUUGUUGUGAAGGUAUUGGAGAUGUAGUCAAUUGUACUGGAACAAUAUAUCACGAUUCAUUCUUUAUAACUUAUAAAUGUCAAGGACCAGAUGAUGAACUACAAAGUGGAGAAGUGGAGUUGUGCACUCUAUGCAUGUCAUCAAUAUCGACCAAUGCCAUUAUAUUCAUUGCGACCGUACCAUCAUCAGCAAUACUAAUUGGAAUAGUAGUUUGUCUAUGGUGUUGUUGUAAGAGACGUAGACAAGCUGCCAAACGUUCAUUCAAAGGACAGACAUCGUCGGAUCAACAACAAUAUAAUAUACAACAACAACAACAAUAUCAACAAUUAUUACAUCAACAACAACAACAAUUAUAUUAUCAACAGGUAUACGAUCCAGCUACUCCACCUGUAUUCACAGAUUAUACAAUGAUCAUUCCGAAUUCAUCCGCAUCAGGUCAGGUCUAUGUUUCAAUUGGACAGUCGACUCCAACAUCCUCACCUGCAUCAGGCUACGCCUACACCUACCAGAAUUACCAUACUCCUGGUGGAGGUAAUCACUUCCAAUCAAUGCAU